CGCCUACUUGCCAAGAACCAGGAAAUGGUCAUAAUAUUGUGAUAGGCGGCGGCACUCUCAGUUAAUAUUAGUCUUUGAAAUAUACUUAUUUAUCUUUUACUGUCGUGGUCGACAGAGGCUGUUGCAGCCAUGGCUUCGUUAUUCAAGAAAAAGACUGUAGAUGAUGUUAUUAAAGAACAGAACAAAGAGCUGCGGGGAACGCAGAGACAGAUUACAAGAGACCGGACAGCACUAGAAAAACAGGAAAAACAAUUGGAGAUGGAGAUAAAGAAAAUGGCUAAGACAGGGAACAGAGAUGCCUGUAAGGUUUUAGCCAAGCAGCUUGUGCAAGUGAGGAAACAGAAAACACGCACAUAUGCUGUCAGCUCUAAGGUCACCUCCAUGUCCACACAAACCAAGCUUAUGAACUCGCAGAUGAAGAUGGCUGGAGCCAUGGCCACAACUACCAAAACAAUGCAAGCUGUCAAUAAAAAGAUGGAUCCAAAAAAGACCAUGCAGACCCUGCAGAACUUCCAGAAGGAGACAGCAAAGAUGGACAUGACAGAAGAGAUGAUCAGUGACACUCUGGAUGAGCUCUUUGAGGAUUCUGGUGAUGAAGACGAAUCUCAGGACAUUGUGAACCAGGUGUUGGAUGAAAUUGGAAUUGAGAUCUCCGGAAAGAUGGCUCAUGCCCCUUCAGCUGGCAGAAAGACCCCAAGCGCUUCCACAUCCAAAGCUGAUGGGAUAUCAGAUGAAGAGAUUGAGAGACAGCUCAAAGCCCUUGGAGUGGACUAGUGCUCCGCAUACACCUGAUCAUUGCCUGGCAACAACAAUACACUCUGCUCAAAUGAACAGAAACACAUUAUAAUAUGUUUAUACUGAAUACAAAUGGAAACACACACACAUCCACACUGACAACAGAUGCAGAUAAAUGGACAGUCAAAAAAAACUUAGUCAUGGACAUGCCUACUCUGGGAUAAAGUGCCACAGAUGGCAAAUGCCAUUUUUAUUAUUUAUUUUGUGACAAUAGGAGAUGUCUAUCGAAGGUUUAUUAGGACUCUUUAAGAUAAGCCACUGUUUCGUCAGGCUUUAGAGUAGUAAUUUUAGACAAAAAUAAUAAAAUAACUGUUUUUGGAAAACCUGUGUUGUAAAUGAAUACAUACAAUGCCUUCAAGUGUGGAGAAUAAUGUGGACGUGUUCCCCUGAAAUCUAGACAGGCAACACGCUCCAACUUCUGUCUCUUUGAUAAGCAACACUGAAAAUCGUUCUUCUCAUAAUGUUGUAAACAAGUUUGACAGGAGAACUCUACCUCUGUUAAGAUAAGGAGUGACACGGGGCUGUCUCUUCAGUUCUGUAACAUUUUGUCUUUUCCCCAUUCUACCCUGCUGUUCUCCCAGUGUUUGAAAAUAAGACUUUGUGUGAGUCACACCA